AUGGCGGCGGCGCUAAGGCGGCUGCGGGCGCUGGGCCGGCGGCGGCGGCGGCCACUUUCACUCACUGAGAGGAGCGGACUUACCCCCGCCCCGCCCACGCUCGCAGAUCCUCGCCAGCUCGUGGCCUCCCGCAGUGCCGCCGCCGUCGGCCUCCUGCAGCUCGCACCCCGCCGCUGCCGCCUGACGCCCAGUGCGGACUGGGGUUCGGGGGGAGACCCUGAUCCAUGCCAUCUGAGUGCAGAUUGGUCGGGGCUGGGACUGGCGAAGAUUGCCGAAAGGCGGCGGGGAGGAGGAGGAGGAUGUCAUCGCUGGAGUGAGCAAGCAGAUCUCGCGGGAGCAAAUGUCGCGAGACCUCUUCAGUCCUGCAACCGCCGGGGAAAGGUUACUUUCCCCGGAAGUAACGUCAAUCGAAACGGCCCGGGAUCCUGGGAAUAUUCGUUUCCGCAGGCAGGCGGUGGGAGAGUGCUAGCGAUUAGUUUGCUAGCGGCUACUGAACCCGGAGAUCACUUGAGGGAAAGAUCAGGCUGGGCUUCCAGAGUCUGCUUGCAUUCUUCGACUUCCAGUUCCAAAGCCUCCCAUCUGCAAAUCCAACAAUGGCAGGUUGGAUCCUUCUCACAUCAUAUCCAACCAACUCUUACCCUUUUCAGGAUCCUUGUGAUUAUACCUAGCCACUCUGCAGAGGAUAGGGAAGAAAAGAAAUCACCUAAAUAACCGAGGUAAAUAGUAUAUCGACUGGAAACCUAAGAAUAAGAUCAAAUAUACUGUACAGAAAUGCUGUCGUCUACAUACUAAGUGUUUUUUUCAGGGGUGUGGGAAGUAGAUUAGCAAUUUGAAACUAAUGUGUAUGCUAGAAUUAAAUGAAUAUAUUGUAGAUCAUGAGCGGAGUUUCUCAAUGAUGAAGAAAAAAGUUAUUAAGG